AGAGAAGAAGAGGAAAGAAAUAAAAAAGAAAACAGGAAAAAAGAAAGUGCAAAGAGGAAAAAAGUGAAAAUAAAACAAACAACGCCGAAAUAAGAGCACGAAGACUCGAACUUGGUGGCGUGAAUGUGACAGUAGCGCCACAGCAGCCACGACGUCCACCACCCCCACGGCCACCUGUCCCGUCGCCUUCACCGCCUCCCUCCGUGCCUGCCUACCCCAGUCAACCGCCCCAGACACGUCCCGGCGCCGCUCAGCACUGCUUCCCCGCGGCUCAAGCGUAUCCACACCCACUUCUUUUUAUUCUCCUUCGUCCGACAUCGCCUCGCCUCGGCAGCCGGCCUCGAGGGCUCAGCAACUCGUGUGCGUGAGAACUUUUUCCUCCUCGCCGCGGGAUAUUAAAUAAUAGUCAGAUAAAAGACAUAACAGAGGCGAGUGUGAGUGAGACCAUUCCGCAACUUAUGCUUAUCGCUGUUUUUGUUGUGUUGUAAUAAUCAUUGUUGCUAUUGUUGUUGUUGGUAUGCGUGUGUGACCGUCAGCGACCGUCAUCAGCAUCAGCGUCAGCAGCAGCAGCAGGUGGAAAACGAAGUCAUUAGUCAGUGCCUCUGCCGCGCGCAAGGUCACGUGUGUUUGAGGAAGGAUUUGCUCCGGUCAUCAUUUAUCACUCGACUUGGAGGGGGUCGAGGGCGCAGGCCGGAGCGCGGGUCACGUCGGAGGCAAAAGGCGGAGGAGGAGGAGAAGGUGGAGGGUCGAAGGGUGUAGGAACGUGAGGCAAGUGAAGAAGAGGAAGAAGAAAAGGAGAAAUAGGAAGACGAAGGGGACUUUUGCUCUCCUGGAGAAACAACAGAGACACGAGGGGACCAGAUUGCAAGAAACACGCGACAGACAUUCAGAAACAAAGUAGGAACGAGAAGGGAGGAGCUCAGGAACGAGUAACACCCUUGGAUAGCAUAGAGCGACGGCGUCCUCCGAGACACGGAGCCUUCGCGGGAGCCUGAGGGCCAGAGCCGCGUGUGAGGCAUACAGAUCCGCCGCUGAGACACGAUGGUAAAGAUGGUGCCUCGACGCGGAUGGCUGCGGCUCUCCUUCCUGGGGUUGUUGGCGGCCUGUGCACUCGUCUAUGUGUACUACUACUCUUCCGGCACCACCGCCCCGCACCUCAUGAAGGACGGCAAGCUCCAGCAGCAACAGGAUGCGGGGCGGGGCGGCGAGCGGCGGGCUGAGCGGCAGAGCGGCGGCGGCCUUGUGUUGGACGAGGGUCACGGACAGAUGGUGCCCUCCGCCCAGUGCCGCGUCAUCACGUCGCCCACCACCGACGUCAACACCGUGGACCAGUUCCCCAAGUUCGAGUUCCAGCCCGCCUGGAUGAGGGGCAAGGAGUUCUGGGACACCAACUUUGAGAAGCGAUACCUGAAACGACGCGCCAAGUGGAAGAAACUGCCGCUUAAGGUGAGUAAAGGUGUGCUUGUUGGCCCUCAGGCAAGGCAUUAA